GACCGAACCAUUCGUGGACUUGGGGGGUGUCCCGGGGGCGAGUAGGGGCCGCGGGUGGGGGGAAGAGGGGUCCCAGCAGGUGGGGAGGGGGAGGUGCCUCUUCGCUCCCAGCCGGUGCCAGGCGAAGGCAGGCUGGCCGCGGCUGCAUCUGCACGGGAGCCGGCGCGCAUCUGCACAGACGGGAGCCGCCGGCCGGGUCGCACACCCCACACGCCGCCUGCCGCCCCCCACCAGCGCGCGCACACGCCCAGCCGCUUGGCUCGCAGACACGCGCUCGCUCUGCCUCCCCGGCCGGCCCCCAUCGCCACCGCCACCCCCGACGCCCCAAGGGUCCCGAAUCUGGAAAGUGAGCCUGGCGGCCCCAUGCCGUCCCUCCUGCUCCUCGGGACCCUCCUGCUCCUGGCCUCGACCGCCCGCCAGGCCGGGGCGCGCCCGUCCAACGCCACAAGCGCCGAGCCACCGGGCCCGCUGCCCGCCCUGCUGGCGCACCUGCGGCGCCUGACCGGGGCGCUGACCGGCGGCGGGGGCACUGCGGGCCCGGGCGCCAACGGCACCAGGACCAGCCCCGCGAGCGGGACAGGCGCGGCGGCGCGGGCGCCCCCUCCCGCGGAGCUCUGCCAUGGAUAUUACGACGUCAUGGGCCAGUACGACGCCACCUUCAACUGCAGCACGGGCUCCUACCGCUUCUGCUGCGGCACCUGCCACUACCGCUUCUGCUGCGAGCAUCGCCACAUGCGCCUGGCGCAGGCCUCCUGCUCCAACUACGACACGCCGCGCUGGGCCACCACGCCGCCGCCGCUGGCCGGGGGCGUCGGGGGUGCUGGGGGUGCGGGAGGGGGGCCCGGUCCCGGCCAGGCCGGGUGGCUGGAAGGAGGCCGGGCGGGAGGCGCAGCGGGGCGCGGGGGCGAGGGCCCCGGGGGCAGCACGGCCUACGUGGUGUGCGGGGUCAUCAGCUUCGCCCUGGCUGUGGGCGUCGGCGCCAAAGUGGCCUUCAGCAAGGCGUCCCGUGCGCCCAGGGCGCAUCGGGAGAUCAACGUGCCCAGGGCUCUGGUGGACAUUUUGAGGCAUCAGGCGGGGCCCGGGACCCGACCGGACCGGGCACGAAGCAGCUCCUUGACCCCAGGGGUCGGAGGCCCCGACAGCAUUCCCCCAAGGACGCCCAAGAACCUCUACAACACCGUGAAGCCCUCCAAUCUCGACUGGCGCGCCGCUCCGCCACCCAGCCCCUCCUUGCACUACUCCACACUCUCCUGCUCACGGUCCUUCCACAACCUCUCGCAUCUGCCCCCGUCCUACGAGGCCGCUGUGAAAUCCGAACUCAACCGCUACUCCUCCCUCAAGAGACUGGCCGAGAAGGAUCUGGACGAGGCCUACCUGAAGCGCCGGCCCCUGACAGAGAUGCCCCGCGGGACGCUGCCCCUGCACGCGCUGCGGCGGCCCGGCACUGGGGGCGGCUACCGCAUGGACGCCUGGGGCGGCCCGGAGGAGCUGGGCCUGGCGCCUGCGCCCAACCCGCGCCGGGUCAUGUCCCAGGAGCACCUGCUGGGCGACGGAGGCCGCUCGCGCUACGAAUUCACCCUGCCGCGCGCGCGCCUGGUCUCGCAGGAGCAUCUGCUCCUGUCGUCGCCGGAGGCCCUGCGCCAGAGCCGGGAGCACCUGCUGUCGCCGCCGCGAAGCCCAGCGCUGCCCCCAGAGCCCGGCGCCCGUGCCGGCCUGGCCGCAUCCCACUCCAACCUGCUGCUGGGCCCCGGAGGGCCGCCCACGCCGCUGCACGGGCUGCCCCCACCGCCCGGCCUGCACGCGCACCACCACCACGGCUUGCACGGCUCCCCGCAGCCCGCCUGGAUGUCGGACGCCGGCGGGGGAGGGGGCACGCUGGCGCGCAGGCCGCCCUUCCAGCGCCAGGGCACGCUGGAGCAGCUGCAGUUCAUCCCGGGCCACCACCUGCCGCAGCACCUGCGCACCGCCAGCAAGAACGAGGUGACAGUCUGAGGCCAGGCCCCGGGGCUGGCGGGCUGCGGCGGGCUGCGGCCUCGCAGGCCCCCACCCCAGCCGGGAUCCCCCAACACACUGGAGGGGCCUGGGACCCGGGAGCAGCCCAUGCGCGGGACGG